CUGCGGUUCAUGAGACGGCUGCUGCUGCUCGCCGCCCUAGCGGCGGCCGCACACUUGAACGCCGGCUCCCUGACGGUGCUGGACAGCUGGUGGCCGGCGCAGUCGGUGCUGCUCCGGAGAGUGUCGGACGGCCGCCGCCUGCUUCGGGCCGUGCUGCGCGACAGCCGCGUCACUGAGUGCGAGCUGCAGCGCGACGCUCAGGCGCUGAGGCGCUUCUUCGAGGAGGUCGGCGCCCACUUGCAGUGCGCCCAUCGGAGCAAUGCCACCGGCCCGUGCAACGGCGUGCACCUGUAUCAGCUGCAGUCACUCGAGUGGCAUCGCCUGAGGCGCGCCUGUGCCAGGCUGCAGAGGCAAAGGUCGAGGCGUCGCCGGGAUCUGUUCCUGUACCCGGGAACCAAUUGGUGUGGUUCGGGAAGUUCGGCGCGGAGGAUAAACGAGCUGGGACCCAACUCGCGGGCUGACCGCUGCUGCCGCGAGCACGACCACUGCCCCUUCACGAUCGAGGCGUUCCAAAGGAGGUUCCACUUGUUCAACUACAGGCUGCACACGCUCAGUCACUGUGAAUGCGACGAGAGAUUCCGGAGCUGUUUGAAGAUGACCAACAACGGGGCUUCGCAUAUGGUGGGCAAGCUGUACUUCAACGUGGUGCAGACCAAGUGUUUCACCUUCAAGUACCGCGAAGUCUGCGAACUGCGUUCCUGGUGGGGGAAGUGCCUCCAGCGAGAAAAGCAGAAGGUCGCCGUGCUUCGGACCGGCAUGUCCUACUAACAGGCACAGUUUUCACAUAAUACGGUACACCCUUCAGCAAAAGUGUAUCGACCAAGGCUUCCGUGAAAGAAGAAAACAAGUCAAAUUCUUUUCAAUAUCCUGUAAUAGAGUACGAAUUCCACCAUGCGAACAUCGUAGUGUACUUCGACUGUGUAUCUUCGACUGCAUAUGUUCGACUGUGUAACCAUGGUAUAGAAUCUUUAUUAAGGUGUUUCAUAGAAAAUGUGUGUAUACUUUUGCUCGCCUGUUUACAUGACCACGAAGUUGUGCAUUAUCCCGCUAUUUGAAAAUCGGGCUCUAUGAUUAAAUGUGCAGAAGUUACUCUUGACCAUGUAGAAUUUAAGGUGUUCCUAAAUGUUUUGACUACCGUGGUGUGCUUUUACUACAUGUGCUCCUCGCUAGAGCUUGCGCUGUUGCAUUCUAUUUGCGUGUCGUGCCCUGUAGCAUGAUAUGUAAAUAAAUGCUUCCG